UUUAUUUUUAAGAUAAGUUUCAUAUUCUAAUAAGAACCCAAAAGACUAGAGAUACAAUAAAGAACGAAAAAAAUAAAAGGUAUAGAAUGGUUAGAAAGUUUUAAUUAAAAUUUAGUGAAUGAUGAAGAUUGAAAACAAAAAGUCAUGAUUCCUAUUGUCACGCCCCAGAACCCAAAUCCGAGGACGUGGCAGACGCCGUACACUUGUGAGACGGGUCCCACAAGUGCACAAGGCUCGGAACUUAUUCAAAUCACAAUCUGAUACCACAAAAUCUCAAGAUAAAAUCUUUACAGUCUGCUCUGAUAUCAAAAUCUCCACAUACAUUCUAACUCUUAAGAUCACAAUCUACAUCUCAAAUCUAUAUUCACUUCACAAGAUGGCUAGCCUUCUAACUCGUCACUUCCCUUGGUUUUCCCCGUCCUCGGUUUCGCUUCCUGAAAUGGUGGACAAGGAAAAUUAUGAGAUAACUCAGUAAGUAAAUAUGGAUAGCCCUU